UCAUUUAUGUAAAAAUUGCCACUAGAGGCGCUGAGUACAAAAAAGUGAUAAAGAAAACACAAAACUGUCAAACGCGUGGUUCCGCACAAAAAUUUCACUAAAUUGUAUUUUUUAAUACUUUUGGGUUGAAUUUUGUCGUUUUCACUGAAAAAAUUAUUGAAUAACGGUUAUCGUCCAGCUAAUGCACUCAACAAUGAACUACGGAGCCCACCACGAAGGAAUGCGAGGACAGAAUUUCUGCAUCAUCGAAAGAUGCAUGAAAAAAACCGGUCAGCUAUUUCCUGUUCCGCAUAAGAACAGUUCUGUUUUCAACAAAUGGAUUAGGAUAGUCUCGCUCAGUGGAUACCCUGGACAUCGUAUAUGCGGGGAUCAUUUUAAGCCCGACGAUUUUCUCAUCGUGAAACGGGUAAAACUUAAGCCAGCUUCGGUUCCAUCCAUUCUUCCCAAUCGGGAAGACAAGUUCUCAGUCAAACCGGGAUGUUGCGUGAAAGGAUGUAAAUCACGCAAAAGGCAGUUACUGCAGAAGUUUCCUCCGGCGCGUUCAUCGAGACGUAAACUGUGGAAUUUAGCACUCGGACUUCCAAAAGGCGAAAGGCGAUCCCUCAAAAUUUGUCACCUACACUUCAAGACCUCGGAUUUUGUACAGACAACCCGUCGGUAUCUUAAGCCGAAUUCAGUUCCCAGCCGUGGUAUCAAUUCGAUAAAAUCAAGGAAACUUGUUAUAUACACCAAGGAAGAUUCAGAUGAGAGCGAUAACGAAGAGCGGGCUGUCCCGGAACAUGGAUACUGUUUGCCAUUGAACCUUCCAUGCAGCAGGACUAUUUGCUUCGUCUCUAACUGCACAGCUCGGGCUGGAAAUGGAAUCAAGUUGCACAAAUUUCCCCUUGAAGACCAAGCGUUUCUGAAAAAAUGGACUGCUGCAAUCAAAACUAGAAAGAAACCAAGCAAAUAUUCAAGAGUUUGCAGUCGACAUUUCAAGAACGAUGAUUAUUUACCAGGAGGCAAGCGGCUAAAACCACAAGCCACUCCAUCUCAACACCUACCGCUGAUUGAUUUGUUGAAGCUUCCGAAUCCAUAUAAACGCAAAUUCACAUUGCGUGAACGGAAUUUGUCUCCACCUAGGAACCCACACUCGAGUCACGUUGUUGAGCAGCAUUCACCAUCACCAACAUCACCAUCGGCUAAUGAUGAAAAUGGCUGUAUGUUUGGAGAAGUAUCAUACGUCGAUACCGAUACGAGUCGAUAUGUGACUAAUGAGCUAUCUGAAGUCAUGGAAUGUGAAUUCGAUCCUGCUGAAAUCAAUCACAAUUCAACAUUCGCUAAUCCGGCUAACCCGUGCAUUAAGCAAUGUGAUGCUGAACGUACUACGCACGAAAAAUCGAGGACAGAUAACGUCGAACAGAAUUUCGGAAACGGAUCAGAAAAUCCAGACGGUGUUUUGAAUCGGCUGAUUAAGGAGUUAAAGGGAAAUUCAACUGUUAACAACACAUCGACCAGUUCAUUGAACCACGAAAAAGCGUUCACCUUAACAAGCCUGAUAAAAACUGAUAAAGACGCGAUUGUCUGGACUGGAUUGACCUCUCUGGGCCAGCUUGAUGCAAUUUGUAUAUCUGUGAAAAUUAUCGAGGAUCAGCUUUAUAAGGAACAACACAAAAUGUCUGCGAUAGACAGAGUUAUUCUAUCUUUGGCGAAGUUAAAGCAAAAUAUAUCUUUUGCGGCGAUUGCAACGCUUUUUGGUGUAUCAUCUGCUACGGUAGCGCAGUACUUCAACCACACAAUUCAGGUAAAUAUAUAUUACUAUUGUUUAAAGGGUACAAUACUGGUUCACUGUUAUAUCUACGAUAAAAUGUAUAAAAAAGUCCUUUCUAAUUUGGAUUUGCACCUCGUACGCAACGCUCUCAACAAUCCAUUUCAGACCCGAUUAGCAUUCUCUUAGGCAAAUCUUAUUAAAUAUAUGAGCUCCAAGAAUUAAACCGUGAAUUCCGGGCAUUAUAGGUUUCAGUGCCCUCAAAGGGUACAUACACAUUUUUGUGUAGAGGAUCAGUUCGAUUGUUCAAAUGGCGUAGUUUUUCAGAUGAGUGUCUGCGUUUAUCAGUGCAUGAGUGCAUUUGGCUAUACCCGGGUAUUCCGGAACCGAUUUCAAUAUCCAAUAUCCAGAAAAAUUUUAUCGCAUGACCUAACUAGUGUACAGACUCUAUCACCCCAUUUGUUUUGCAUGGUGUGAACCGAAUUAGGAAUCGAAAAAUAGUGAUUGGAGUUAGGUGCUGUCACGGUAGUACCAUUGAUAAAACUGGUCCAUCCGCGGCCUCCAGGGAUUCCUCCAAAAACUCUUCUAGGGAUUCCUCUUGAUUCUCAUCAAGGGAUUCCUGCAAGAAUUCAUCCAAGGAUUCUUCCAGGGAUUCCCCUUGAAAUUCCUGCAGGUAUUCCUCCAGGAAUUCCUCUAGCAAAUCCUACAAGAAUGAAUAAGGACAAGUGAGUACUCUAGUAGUCUAGUGAACCCCAUACGAAUCUGUAUUGAAAAUAUUCUUCCAGGAAUUCAUCUAAGGAUUAGUCCAGGAAUUCCUUCGGAGGUUCGUCCAGGAAUUCCCUCGGGGAUUCGUUCCGGAAUUCCUUUGAGGAUUUGUCCAAGAAUUCCUUUGGGGAUUCGUCCAGAUAUUCCUUCGAGGAUACAUUAAAGA